AUGAAAAGUGCUGAACAGCACUGUGAGGAGCUACACCUGGAGGAGACCAUUGAGCAACUAGCCAAGCAGCACAACAGCCUGGAACGAGCCUGGAGAGAGGCCCCCACGCACGCUGUCAACACGCCCGCUACGCCCACCACUGACACGGGAGUGAGUGAAAGGCCCAGGAAAGAGGAAGCGAGUGAUGAAGAUGAGGAUACAGAGUAUUUUGAUGCCAUGGAAGACUCACCUGCUUUUAUAACAGUGACUGCCACGGACCCCUCUCACCACAGACGUUCUCAGAGUAAUCUCAGUGGUGCUAGUGGAGGACAGCCCAGUGACUGGAACCAGGAAGACAAUUGUUCUGUGAGCAGUAAUGAUUUUUCAGGGAAAGAACUGCAGCCUCACAGGAAGAGGCGGACCCAGAUCCCAGAGAAGCCCAACUAUUCGCUCAAUCUGUGGAGCAUCAUGAAGAAUUGCAUUGGCAAAGAACUCUCUAAGAUCCCAAUGCCUGUGAACUUCAACGAGCCCCUGUCCAUGCUGCAGCGCUUGACUGAGGAUUUGGAGUACCACGAGCUGCUGGAUAAGGCGGCGCGCUGUGAGAACUCUCUGGAGCAGAUGUGUCUGGUCGCAGCCUUCUCCGUCUCCUCAUACUCCACCACAGUGCACCGGACGGCCAAGCCCUUCAACCCUCUCCUGGGAGAGACAUAUGAACUGGACCGCCUGGAAGAAUUCGGCUAUCGUUCCAUCUGUGAACAGGUCAGUCAUCAUCCGCCAGCAGCCGCUCAUCAUGUGAUGUCACAGCGAGGCUGGACCCUGUGGCAGGAAAUCACCAUCGCUAGCAAGUUCCGUGGCAAAUACCUCUCCAUCAUGCCUCUGGGUGCGAUCCACCUACAGUUUCAUGCGAGUGGAAACCACUAUGUGUGGCGCAAAGUCACCUCCACCGUGCACAACAUCAUUGUGGGCAAACUGUGGAUUGAUCAGUCAGGAGAUAUUGACAUAGUCAACCACAGGACCAAAGAGACCUGUCAGCUCAAGUUCUCUCCGUACAGUUACUUUUCAAGGGAAGUCCCACGAAAGGUCACAGGGGUGGUGAAGGACAGUGACGGCCAGCCCCACUACAUCCUGUCAGGUACAUGGGAUGACAAGAUGGAGAGCGCCAAGAUCGUGCAGAGUAGCAGAGGAAGCAGCAGCUCUGAGGGCAAACAGAAGACUGUCUAUCAGACGCUCACACCCAAACUGCUGUGGAAGAAAUACCCUCUACCAGAGAAUGCUGAGAACAUGUACUGUUUCUCCGCUCUGGCUUUGACCCUGAAUGAGGAAGAGGAGGGUGUGUGUUGGACGGACAGCAGGCUGAGGCCGGACCAGCAGCUGAUGGAAGCGGGACGCUGGGACGAGGCCAACGUGGAGAAGCAGAGGCUGGAGGAAAAACAGAGAGCCAGGAGGAGGAGGAGAGAAGCUGAGGCUUCUAAGGCCAUCGAUGAAGGACAGGACUUUGAAAGCUACAUGCCGCUGUGGUUCCACCAGAGGACGGAUGGACUGACGGGAGAGACUAUUUACGUUUAUAAGGGGGGUUACUGGGAGGCCAAAGAAAGACAAGCCUGGAAUAGGAGUCCCGCUAUCUUCUGAACAUGCAAAACAAUUGACUAACUCUGCAGACAAAGAGGAAUAAACCCUCUACAUGGACUCAUCAGGGCCUUGGGACUGCAGAGGUAGUGGAGACACCUGCGCUGUUUGAUCUCUUAGAGCGCGCACGCAUGUGUGUGUGUGUGUGUUUGUUUAAGUGUGUGUUUUUGCAGCCCAAUGACAUAUAUCUUUGCCCGACUCUUAAACGGACCACUAAAAUGGGAGAAUAGAAGAAUGUUCUCUCUCAAGUUCAUUUCAAAGACGAGUGUGUGGGAGAAAUGCGCAGUUGAACUCUUAGUCAAGUGCCGCCCCAGUUUAUCUUCCAAAGCAAAUCAGGUUCUUUUUAUUCAGUUCAACCCCAUCGCAAAUGCACUUUCCUCUCUUCCCAGCAGUGAAGUACACUGGACUGAGUCUUGUUUAUAAAGAGAUCAUAUCCCAUGAAGAAACUCACAUAUGAAGGAGAGACUCACUCGACUUAACACAACGCAGCUGAAACAUUUCAAAGAAUCGUCUGAUUGUUCAGCUUGUGUACUUUGUUUCAUAUCAACAACAGUACCAUAUUUGAGCAAGGGAAGUUCUUGUAUUUGUAUAUCCCAGGAGCACAAUCAGGCUCUUAUUGGAAACAGCUGAAGACUUUCUCCCUGGCUCCGCCCCCUUUGCAUAGCAAAUAACAGUAAAGAUUCAUCUCGUGUCUUCAGUUAACCAAUGAGCUUCAGGCAAGCAUUAAAAGAGCGCUUGUGUCUGUUGUAUUGGACAGUGCAGGUAUUCGGACACAGAUGUGUUUUACACCCAUGAAUUGUCAUGCACAUUAAUUAGCUGCUUCCUGCAUUGGCUCAGUGGAGCCCCCAGUGGUCAUUAUCGUGUUACUGUGACUGCCACAGUACAAUGCAUAUCAAUGCAAUUAAAAAAAAUAAUACUAUUUUGUACAAUCAGGAUACUUAAUGAAUGAAUGAACGAGCAACUAAUAAAAAUAAACAAGUCACCCGCUUGACUCACUCCGAGGACAUAGCAAACAAUCAAAAUACAAAGUGUGAUACUGAAAACACAAGCAAACAGCUUGCUGACCUUGUUUUGUGUUCAUAGCAUGCUUGUAUUUAUUAGCAUUAGAGAACGUGGAUUAAAACACCCAAGUGUUCCUGAUAGUUCACAUUACAUUAUGGUGAUAGAGAAGUACAUUGUAGUACAUUUUUUUUAAACUGGUAAUUUCAGUACUUUGUAACAGAAAGACCGAUUUUAAAUUUCUUCUCAAGGUUAUAAAUCAUCAGGACUCAGGAGUGAUUUAAAAAAAAAAAAAGGAUUUUGUUGUUUUGCUGAACACUAUGAAACUGUAGCCCCAAGCUGAUACAAAGUUGAAUAACAGAAACAAAUC